AUGAUGACCACGAGCUACCCACACAAUGGUGGCAUGCACCCACAAGGCAUGCCUCAUGCGCACCCAGGCAUGGGAGGCCCAGGCCCAAACCCUGGACAACCUGGAAUGCCGCCGGGGAUGCAACACGUCUCAGGCCCCAAUGGUCCUGUUAGCCAGGCAGGGCCUAUGAUGGGUGGCAUGCAGCCCGGCGGCAUGGGUGGACCAAAUGCUCAUGCCCUCUCACACUUGCAGCCCCAGCAAGCCCACAUGUUUCCUCAGCAGCAGCAACAGCAACAGCAGCAACAUCAAAUGAUGAAUCCCGCACUCAUGCAACAGCAGAGAAAUGCCCAGCAGGCGUUUAUGCAUAGCCAGCGGCAGCAACAAGCAGCAAUGCUUGCUCACCAACAAGGUAACAUGGGCAUGGGGUUCCAAAAUCCCAUGGCAAACAUGAACCCAGCCCAAGCACAGCAGUUGCAGGCGAUGCGCAACGGACAGCUAGGCCAGAGUCCUUUUGUCAAUCUUCCACCACACCUGCUACAGCAGCAGCAGCAAAUGGGACAGCCUGGAGGCCCACAACACCAGGCUGCUAUGGCACAAGCCCAUCAACAAGCUCAGCAGCACCAGCAGAUGCAACAGCAACAGGCCAUCGCAAUGCAACAUGCUCAAUCACAAUCAAGCAACCACAGUCAGGGAGGAAAUCAAGGGCCCCAGCAGACUUCGCAGCCCCAGCAAGGCCCUCUUCGUCCCCCUUCAGCAAUAGGAAGCCACCAGGGGCAGUCUUCGCCAGCUCCCCAGCCCACACCCCAGCAGCAACCACAGCCCCCACCGCAGCAGCAGCAACAGCAGCAACUUCAACAACAGCAACAGCAACAGCAACAGCAGCAACAGCAAGUCCAGCAGCAACAGCAGCAGCAGGCUCAGCAGGCUCAGCAACAGGCUCAGCAGCAAGCCCAGCAACAGGCCCAGCAGCAGCAAGCCCAGCAGCAACAGGCCCAGCAGCAACAGGCUCAACAGGCUCAACAACAGGCUCAGCAGCAAGCUCAGCAGCAACAGCAAGCUCAGCAACAAGCUCAGCAACAGCAGCAACAGCAACAACAACAACAGCAACAGCAACAACAAUCACAACCGCAGCAACCGCAGCCGGCUCAACAACAACAACAGCCACAGUCCGGUCCGGCAGCGCAACAGCAGACUCCCGCUCCCACUCAACCGCCUAGUCUACCUCAGCAAGCGACUCUGCAAGUACGGAAUCCAGCGAUGAUGCAACAAGCUCAGACCCAGGCUCAAGUAAAUGCACAGCAAAACCACGCUCGUAACAUGGCAUUGAUGCAACAGAACAAGCAAGCUCUUGGCCAGGGUACGCUGAAGUUGUUGAACUUUACGGAUCAAAUAGGAAGAUUCGACGUGGCACCUGAGGAGAACAGGAAGAACAACAACGUAGAGAGAUGGCAGGCCUUUGUGGACAAGUUUUUCAUGGAAACCGGAUCCUUCAUUCACGUGGUCUGCUCAUCAAGUACGGAGAGAACCAAGCAGUUUGAGAUUGUAUACGCUGCGCUACCGCGGUACUUCUACACUCUCUUCAAUACCGACGUCACAAAUCUGCAGAUCACCUUGGACGGAGCCAACGAGAAGGUUGGGCCUAACGAGGUCAAGGUCACUUGUGACCGAGCCAAGUUAAUCUACACGUACAAAAACUCGUGUCAGGUCAUUUAUCACGGCAAGCUGACUGCCUUUUGGUCUGGGUCAGACAAGAUGGAAUGGUUAAUGUUCGAUGGCACUGGCCACGAACAAUUCCUGCCGCUCAACGCUCUAAGACAGAUGUUUGUGCAGCCAUCGCCUAAUCAAAUGAACCCGACCCAAUCUCCGAGGAUGAAGAACAAGAAACAAGCACUACAACGAGCCGGACAAGAACCACCAGAACCGUACCUACCACUCAACAAGUUGAUCAGUGCCGGUGCUACAGACUAUGGCUUACCACACGGCUUGCAAAAUUAUCUUGAGAUAUACGAGCCUAUGAAUCACAUGACCAGCUUGAUGGCACACUAUCUCGAGAACCCUCACAUGAAACCAAGCGAAGCCCUCGAGUCCUGGAACGCAACCAUGUCCAACAACCAAAUGCUGCAAGGCCCACAGGGCCCAAAUCAAGGACAGCAGUCUGGUCAAGGUAUGCAACCUAACAUGCCACCAGGAGCACGACCAUCGGGACCUGGCCAACCCGGCCAAAUGUUCAUGUCGCCUGCGAUGCAAAACUCAUUGCUUCCUAACGGAUCGAGUGGGUCGCCUCAUUUCAACCAUACGCCAUCACCUCAUUCGCAACCUAUGAUGAAGCAGCAAAGCACCAGCUCGCACACAAUGAGCGUCAACACAUCGCCCAACAUGAACAACAAACGGCGGCGAAGUACAGCAAAGAUGGAAAUGGAUGACGGCGGAGAAAUGAAUGGCGCAGCAAAAGUUAAGCAAAGCCCAAGAGGAGUAGGAGGAGGCAACAAGAGGAUGAAGGCAGGCAACUAA